AUGUCGGUCAGCACUUUCAGUUACCUCCGCAACGCAGACGACGCCCAACGGCCAGCCAAUAAGACCUCCGCUUAUAGUGACGUGUGGCCCCCUCCAAGAAACGAAUCCCUGUUUGUCUUGGUUCUCUUCGCCGCGCCGCUGACCCUAUCAUGUCAAAUUCAACUGAGCCAGAUUUUACGCCGGCCAACCUUGCUCAGACUUUUUGAUCAUGCAUAA